CCUCCGAGCAUUUCAUCCGGUCACAUUUAACUCAUUCGUGAAAAGUUUUCCUUUAAACACUUUGCUCCCUGAUGAAUCAGAUGAAGUAGCGUUUGUCUGCAUCCCAGUAAAUUAUAGGAAAGAGAAACAGCUCAAAGUAUCGGACGAAAGUUUUUUCCCCAUGAAAGCCGCUUUACACCGCAGCCUCGCCAUCUGAUUUAGAAGCGCUUAUUAGUUUUGUUAUAUGUAGCUAGCUUGAAAAUUUUGCAGAUCGAAACAUUUAACUAAAUAAUUAUAAUUGCUGAAUUGUUUUUUCCUCGUUUUUCUCGACUCAAACCGACCACGAUAUACGCAAGGAAUUAUGAGGAAGAAGCAGAAUAUGAAACAUAGGAAGAACGAGGAAACUACGGUGGUCCAGGAGUUUGUCGUGGAGAAGAUCAUCCAGAGGAGAGUCACCAAUGGAAAAGUGGAGUACUUUCUGAAGUGGAAAGGCUUUUCUGAUGCCGAUAACACCUGGGAGCCAGAAGACAACCUGGACUGCCCUGAGCUAAUCGAGGAGUUCCUCAAGACCCUUGCAAAAAACAAGGAGGUGGAGAAGGACUUGGAAUCCCCACAACCGCCAAAACAGCUUGAAGUCCCUGCUGACUUGGAACCUCAGCAGACAGAGCAGCAGCCUCUCGCUGAGCAUUAUGGGAAUGCAGCGCAGGAGCCCCGGGGGCAGGAAACUGAGCGGCCGGCGUCGUUCACGAGCCAUUUCGAGCCCGAGCGGAUUAUUGGAUCCACGGACAAGCAAGGGGAGCUCAUGUUCCUAGUCAAGUGGAAAGGCACGGAUCAGGUGGCCUUGCUUCCAGCACGUGAGGCCAGCACGAGAUGCCCCAAGAUUGUCAUUGCAUACUAUGAGGAGAAGCUGACCUGGCAUUCUGGGGAUGAAGACCAGCAGUGAGGCGAGACCAAAACAUGUGGUGGAAAGGACUGGGGGACAGCAGAUCCCAGGUGGACCACACUGACCGCGGACUCGAGGGUGACAUAAAUGGCAGCUUAAGCCAUUUCUUUCCCAGUCCUUCCAGUAUGUAGCAUAGUUAUCCACUGUGAAGAGGUUUCUGUCAGUGUUGUUUUCAGUGUUGUUUUUCUGUAGAGUAGAACUGUGUAGAGUGAUAAAAUGGUGUGAAUGUAAAAAAGAAAAUGUUCUGUUGGGUAGAGUAGAAAGGAGCCCAUCGUUUAGAGACAGAUUACCAAAAGGGUCCCGUUUUGAAGCACGUGGAAGAGUGAUAUGCUCGUCUUACGCGUCCUGACAGUCAGACUUUUUCCUCUCGGUAUAUUCUGGAAAAAAAAUGUAGAUCUUACUAUUAAGAUGACAAACAUGGGUCUGAAAAGGAGGAGGUCUGUGGAGAAUGAGCGCUGUUACUGUGAAGGUGAGAUUCCGCUGUGUUCACUCCUGAGUAACCGUAAUGUUUGGACACACUGUUCCCCUUACUUUGAUAUCUUAAAAUGAUGCAUUUUGUGCUUUGGUUGAAGCCCAGAAUCAGAAUCCCACAUUGGGCACCAGGACACACAGGACCGGCCCCGGUGGCACCAGGCAAGGCCGCUGACCCUUCGGUGAUUAGUGGAGAAUUUGAGCUGCUUGUCUUGUUUGCAUUUUUAUACUCCCACACUGUAUUUGUGAAGAAAUGCAUAUUUACUGCACUUACCUCAAGGUCUGAGAACACUGGGCUGUGUUAAUGAUAAUGUUACUGUGUGUCUCUUCUGUCUGUGAUUGUACUAACACUGGGGGGGGCGUUAGAGCUUUACCUCGAUUCGGAGUACAGAGUGAGCAUUUUUUUUUCCUGUUUCAUUUUGUAGGACUCAAGCUGUCCAAAAUGGUUUUGCGCGGAAAAAGUUGUUUCUGUUCAAGUCCUUUGUUAAACCAGAAGCGUUCUGAUUGUUUCCCAUCUGACGUUCCUCUCACUGUGUUUGAGUGAAGUUUCUAUUUAGAGACCACAGCUGAGCUCCUUAUACCAAACACACUGGAUUAAAAAUCCAUGAAAGGCAAA